GAUUUUAUGGUGAGCCAUGGCAUUAUCCCAAAUUGUCCAGAGAUGAUCCCACCAGAUCCCUACAUCGAGAGUCGCAAAAGAAACCCUGCUCGGGAGCAUAUCACUCCCUCAGACUUUGAUAAACUCAAACAGUUCCUGACCUAUGACCGAAAGGUUCUGAGAUUCUAUGCUUACUGGAAUGACACAGACAAUAUGUUUGGUGAGUGCAGACGGUACAUUAUCCAUUAUUAUCUGGCUGAUGGGACAUUGGAAAUUCGUGACAUUUACGAAAGGAAUGAUGGACGAGAUCCUUUUCCAAUGAUGGUGGGUCGGAAGCGUUACCCCAAAACAUUGAAAGACGAGGCAG